UUGUGCAAAUCUGCACACCCCUUACCACACCCACACUAGACUAACUAGCUAGCUAGCUAUAGGGCCGGCUAGGGCUAGCUGAUUCAGCCAGAGGAUUCAGCCAUCAUGUCCAACAAGGCAAGACAAGUGGUCAACUCCAGCCUUCCAGUAAUGCCAAUAUUGAUACCCAUUGGAGUCCACUUCAUUCUCGUGUCCCUUGUACUCUUGUCUAACUUCCUCCCAGCCUACUUGUACGUUCACCUGAUCCUGAUAUUAGUGGGACUAUGGGCCUGUCAUGAUAAGUCCUCUGUCCUAGCAGCUGUCUCAGUGAUUGUGGUUGUGUUGGUGGCAGCAGUGCUGGAUAUUGUACAGCUAGGCCUCUACUUCCCAGCGUACCAAGCUCAACAUGGCAAGGGGCAGACUGAAGAGGAUCAUACUUGGCAGAUAGCUGCAGCAAUGACCGUCUUUAACCUGUUAUUUAAACCCAUUACUGUGGUGUUGGUGUCUGUGUCUGUGUACGUGCGAGCUGGAGGCACAUUGCCGGGAAGACUGGGAGGUGGUCAAGAGAGAGGGGGGUACAAUCGUAUCCCAGACUCACCCCAACAUGAGAACUAACAGAGAAUACAUGCUCAACUAUUCAACCUGAUUUAUAUAAUUAUAUGCAUUUGUGUGUGUGUCCAUAAUUAUCAUGUCUUGCCGCUUUUACAUCAUGUUUUUAUGUUUUUUG